AAGCCAAGUUAAAGCUCGCACACACCAAUGGAAGAUCUAUCACUCUACCUCGGAUUAGCCCUCCUGUCGCUGCUCGCCGUGCUCACCAGCUGGCGUCGGCGCAGCCUGGCGCACGGCGGCAACGGGCUGCGGCUUCCUCCGGGGCCAUGGAACCUGCCCGUCGUUGGCAGCCUACACCACAUCGCCGGCCAACUCCCGCACCGCGCGAUGCGGGAGCAGGCGCGGCGCCACGGGCCGGUCAUGCUGCUCCGCGUCGGCGAGGUGCCCACGGUGGUUUUGUCGUCUCGGGAGGCAGCGCGCGAGGUGUUAAAGACGCACGACGUCGCAUUUGCAUCGCGGCCACUGAGCGCCACGACCCGCGUGAUCACCAACGGCGGCCGGGACAUCAUCUUCACACCGUAUGGCGACCUCUGGCGCCAGCUCCGCAAGAUCGCCAUGACCGAGCUCCUCAGCGCACGCCGGGUGCUCUCCUUCCGCCGCGUCCGCGAGGAGGAGGUGGCUGCCAUCCUGCGCGCGGUCGCCACCGCGGCCUCGGUGAGCCCGCGCCCCGUCCCCGUCAACAUCAGCGCGCUGAUGUCCGCGCUCGUCUCGGACGCGACGGCGCGCACGGUGUUCGGAGACCGGUGCAAGGAACGCGACCUGUUCGUGCGUCAGCUCAGCCCCAUUAGCGAGCUCGCCGCCGGUUUCAAUCCGGCUGACCUAUGGCCGUCAUCCUGGCUGGCCCGCCGCCUCAGCCGCGCCAUGCGUCGCGCCGAGGUGUGCCGAGACACGGUGUUCCGUAUCCUCGACGGCAUCAUCAAGGAGCAUCUUGAGAGCAUGGAGGAGGACAGAGGCGGAGCCGGCGAGGCCGAGGACAUUCUACACGUGCUUCUCAAGAUACACAAGGAUGCCGAACUCCAAAUCCCCCUUGACAUGGACGUCAUCAAAGCCGUCAUCUUUGACAUCUUCGCUGCCGGCAGCGAGACAUCGGCAGCAGCGCUGGACUGGGCCAUGGCGGAGCUGAUCAGGAACCCGAAGGCCAUGGAGCAGGCGACGGCCGAGGUUCGAGGCGCGUUCGGCGCGCACGGCACGGUGCCGGAGCGCGCGCUCGGCGAGCUCCGGUACCUGCAACUUGUCAUCCGGGAGACGUUCCGGCUGCACCCGCCGCUGCCGCUUCUUCUCCCGCGGGAGUCCCGGGAGCGGACGUGCCGCGUGCUCGGCUACGACGUACCGCAGGGCACCACGGUUCUGGUGAACGCGUGGGCACUGGGCCGCGACGAGCGCUACUGGCCCAUGGACCCCGAUGAGUUCCGGCCGGAGAGGUUCGCGGAUGCCGGUGGAGGAGCCAGCGCGGUGGAUUUCAAGGGCGCCGACUUCGAGCUCCUGCCGUUCGGCGCGGGGCGGAGGAUGUGCCCUGGGAUGGGGUUCGCACUCGCCAUGGUGGAGCUUGCGCUUGCCAGCCUCCUGUUCCACUUCGACUGGGAAGCACCCGGCAUGGCUGACCCCACCAAGCUCGACAUGUCCGAGGCGUUCGGCGUCACCGUGCGCAGGAAGGACGACCUCCUGCUUCGACCCAUCCUCCGCGUACCUGUACCCGGAGUCUAGGCGUCUAGCGUCCGGCCGUCCGGGGAUUGCUGGAUGUGGCCGGCCUGUAUGGGCAUGUUGGUUGUCCGGGUGUCCCUAGCCCCGUAUCUUACAUCAGCCUGGCUAGAGUGAUCUUACUCUGUUUGUUUGCUUUGUCGUUGUGCUGGAUAACCUGUUGUCCUGGCUGGAUAACCUGUGGUUAUGUUUGAUUGGUUGUAUCUCUGAAUGUUAGAUAUGAAUAUUAGUAUCUAGAAGAUGGUGUUUGGUUGCAUGUUUGGAUCUUGAGUGCAAUCACUUCUUUAAAA